UUUUGAUUGGACACAGUCUAGGCACACGAGGACCGAACGAACCGAACGUUAAAUCAAAACCGGAAGCAAGUUUCCAGAUUUAGUUGACUGCAACAACCGUGGUGCAACACUAUUUUCAGGUUAUCUUCAGAAAUCACCGUACUUUCUCUUAAGUUACUGAAAGUAAGAAAGAACCAUGCCACCAAAGAGAAGAGCAGCCUCAUCCUCCAAGGCUGGGAGAAAGAAGGUCAAGGUAGAGGAAGAGGCUCCAAAGGACGCCUUCCAAAGCGCCAAAGAAGCUUUGAAAUCAGCAGCUCCAGAGCAGAAAAGCCAAAGGAGGGUUGAUGGCUGCUGUCACAUAUCUGCGGAGGUGCAUGAAGACUAUGAUUGCAUGCUCAAUCAGACCAAUAUUGGCAAUAACAACAACAAGUUCUAUGUCAUUCAAGUCCUAACAUCAGGAAAGUCAUACCACUGCUGGACAAGGUGGGGCAGAGUGGGGGAACAAGGUGCAUUCAAUUUAUCUAGUCCCUUCUCAGAUGUGAAUAAGGCUAUAAAAGAGUUUGAGAAGAAGUUCAAAGACAAAACAAAGAACAACUGGAGUGAUCGGCAAAAUUUUGUCACUCACCCGGGAAAAUAUACAUUGAUUGAAGUGGAUGGGGAUGAGGACGCUGAGAUCAAGGUGGAUACGGUUGAUGCGCCCCAAUCAAAAGUGUCAAAAAAUGUCCUACCCUGCACCUUGGAUGUUCCUACAAAGAAGCUGAUUGAGCUCAUCUUCAGCCAGCAAAUGUUCAAGGAAGCCAUGGAGGCCAUGAAUCUAGAUAUCAAGAAGAUGCCCUUGGGAAAGCUCAGCAAGAGUCAGAUAGCGAAGGGAUUUGAGGUCAUCGAGCAGAUUGAGGAGGCGGUGAAAAGUGGCUCCAAUCAGAAGCGUCUGGAGGAGCUCUCGUCCAACUUCUUCACCAUAAUCCCCCACAACUUUGGCCGAUGCAGGCCACCCGUCAUCUGCGACGCCGAAGUCAUCGAAAAGAAGAAGGAGAUGCUUCUGGUUCUGGCAGAUAUUGAAGUGGCCCAGAGUCUGCAGGCAGAGUCGGGGAAGCCUCAGGAGGUGGAGAUGGUGCCUCAUCCUUUAGACAAGGACUAUCAGUCUCUGAAGUGCAACCUCAACACAUUAGGAAGCGAUACAGAGGAGUUUCAGGUCAUUCAAAAAUACUUGGAUGCCACAGCAGACGGCUACAGGAAAGCAAAGAUUGUGGAUGUAUGGCAAGUGGAGAGAGAAGCAGAGGCCGAGCGGUUCAAGCAGCAUGACCAUCUGGAGAACCGGCGACUGCUCUGGCAUGGCACCAAUGUGGCUGUGGUGGCGGCCAUCUUGAAAGGGGGCCUGCGGAUCAUGCCGCACUCAGGAGGACGUGUGGGCAAAGGCAUCUACUUUGCCUCCGAGAACUGCAAGUCAGCCUCUUAUGUCUCUACUUCCAAGGGCUUUGGAAUCAUGUUCCUCAAUGAGGUGGCUUUGGGUAGAGAGCAUACCAUCACCAAUGAUGACUGUUCCUUGAGAAAGCCACCUGCUGGUUUCGACUCUGUUGUGGCGAGAGGCAGCCAAGAACCAGAUCCUUCCAAGGACGUCUUCAUCACUCUGGAUGGCAAGAAGGUGGCUGUUCCCCAUGGCCGUGCCAAAAAGCAGCCCCAGUACAAGGACAGCAGCUUCAGCAACAGCGAGUAUCUCAUUUAUAAGGAGAGCCAGUGUCGCAUUCGCUACAUGCUCAAGCUCAGCAUGUAAAGCCCCCAUCCUGACACGCAGUCAGGUCACACGGGAGGAAAUCCUCAAGUAUCUGCUUUUAGUCCUCUGUGCCUUUUCUCUUCAUAUCUGAUGAUUCUGGUCACUUUUUACAUUUAGUUUAGCUAUUGACCCAAGUGCAAUAUUCACUUAUGAUAACUGACUAUGUCUUCCAGCAAAGCCUGGUGUUGAAGUAAGAGAAGUUAUGUCUCAUUGAAAUAUUUUCUCAUAUUGCACACUUUAAAGUCAGACAGAAAACUAAGCAAGGCUUACACUGUUUGAUGGUCUAUAACUGCUCCUUAUUUCUUUAUAUUAGUCUAGCCUAAUGCUGUAUAUGAAGGUUUUAUUUUAGUAAUUUUCUUUUUUGUUGUUUUCAAAGUUGCCAGGUAGACGAUGAGGCUUUAUGCAUACAAGAGUUUAUGCAGGAGGAUUUUUGUUUGUUUGUUUGAUGCAUAGUAGAGUUGAAUCAACCAGCAUGAGAUUGUAUUCUUAUUACACUGAAGACACUUGGUUCACAAAGUAAACCAAGGCACAGAGAUUGCCUUUAAAAUGUUUUCUGUCAUUGGGUACUAGGGAAUACUAUGGUUGUGAUUCUGCCUUUAACCCUUGUUAAAACUGACCAUAAGAUGGCACUGUUGACGUCCAUUAAACUGUUAAGUCAA